UGAAAAUCCAACAGUGCCGCCAAAAAACAUCGUAGAACAUUGUACCACAGAAAGGCUUAUUUGCAGGCAGAAGAAAAUGGUAGAAACCCAUCCAAAGAGGGUGGCCGUGAUUGGUGCAGGCAUAAGCGGCGUGACUUCUGCAGCACACCUCUUGAAGCACGGUCUUGAUGUUACCCUCUUCGAAAGGUCAGGGGUCGCAGGAGGUGUAUGGCAUUUUGAUGAAAGGUCAGCGUUGGAGCCCGCAUACCCCAAUGAAACCCCAUCACGCGGUGAUUAUGAGACAAAACCAGAGCUGGCAUAUCUCACACCGCCACCGGAGGCCACUGGCGACAAGCUGGAGGAGGUUGAAAUCGCACAUGCACCCCCUGGACCAUGCUACGCGGGGCUCAAGAAUAAUGUCUCGACGAGAUUGAUGAGAACUAGCCUCCAAGCAUGGCCUGAAGGGACGCCGGAUUUUGUGAGCCAGAAGACCGUGGAAGAAUAUGUCCAAACAAUUGCCGAUGCUCACGGUGUCUCUCCCGUCGCACAGUACAACACUCGAGUUGAAGAAGUUCGCAAACAAGGCACAGAAUGGUACGUGCGGACCACCACGCUGCAGAAAUCACCCACAUCGUUCGGAGCCCCGCAACUGGCGGAGAGACGUUGGACAUUCGACGCCAUCGUGGCCGCGUCUGGCCAUUACCAUAUGCCUCGGGUCCCGGACAUUCCUGGACUCAAAGACUGGAAACGAGAACAUCCGGAUCGGGUGUGGCAUUCAAAGAGGUAUCGAAAUCCAGCCGUAUUCAAAGACCAGAACAUCCUUCUCAUAGGCGCUGGAGUAUCAUCUCUGGACAUUGCCAAGGAGUCAAGCUCUACCGCGAACAAGAUCUACCAGAGUUCCCGUGGAGGAGCCUUGGAUCUCCCUGCCAACCUUUUGCCAGAAAAUGCAACCCGGGUGGCCGGGAUCAAGGAGUUCAGGCUGACCACAGCCCAGACCGCUGAUCCAUUGAAAUUGCAGCCCAUCGCGGGCACUGUCGUUCUUGAGGAUGGACAAGAACUGACUGAUAUUCAUUCCGUCGUCCUGUGUACGGGAUACAUCACUUCGUAUCCCUUCCUCUCCCAUCUGCAUGCCGACACCAGGUCGGCAGAAGAAGCAGAUGACUCCGUGCUUGUGACUCGUGAAGGGGAAAUGGUACACAACCUGCACAAAGACAUAUUCUACAUUGAGGAUCCUUCUCUGGCGUUCGUUGGCGCGCCGUACCACAUUGCAACCUUUUCACUUUUCGACUUUCAAGCACAAGUUGUCGCCAGAGUCCUCGCUGGCAAAGCACUGUUGCCGCCGAAAGAGGUCAUGCGGGAGGAAUACCGACAACGCGUGAAGACGAAGGGAUUGGGUAGGAACUUUCACAGCCUUCGAGGAGCCGGCGAGGAACAGAGGUAUGUUGCAGACCUAGUCAACUGGAUGAAUGAAAGCGCCGAACAACUGGGCAUAGAGGACAAGAUGCAAGGUCAUACAGAAGAAUGGCAUAAAGCAAACAUUGACAGAGAAGAACAAUUGAAAUGGCUGCGAGCGACCAAAACACAAAAGAAAGAGGAGGAGGUGGGUAAAGAAUUGGUAUCAGCUUGAAGGAGGCAUCAAGGCGCGAUACACGUGGAAAGUGCUCCCGCUCACCAGAGCCAUGUAGCGACUUUGCGAUCUGGGAAGCACUAGAUUGGGGCAGUCUGUUUAUCGAGAGUAGCUGCUCGGAGUCGACUCACUUCAAGUUAGACGUUGAAGAGUGAACAUACUACCUAGACAGGACAUACUACACUGUAUUUCCUGGUCGUGGCCUGGAUGAAGUAGGUACGGUUGUCGGACAUACAGCCCACCGUAAAUCUUGACGCACACAUUCUCCAG